AAAAAGCUUGAGCUUUUUAUUUCUGGCGAUGUGUAUUGAUCUUUUCGUCUAUCAAAAAUACUGGUGGUUGUUUGAUGAGACGCUGACAAUGAAUAUCCCCAAAAACGCUAGCCGUUUCUGAGACAAAAUGUGUGCUACUAUACUUUAUAUGUCUUUUAGUGGCAGUCUUCUGAGAUUUAUUCUGUGAAGAUUGUGAACAGCGAAAUAAUAUAAUAAAAAUCAUUGCGAUAAAAUAAACACAUUUUGCAUCGCGGUGCUUUUUCAAUAUUGUUGUUGUUAUUUAUAUAUUGAAAACUGAAAAUAAAAAAAAAAAGAAUUAAAACUAAUCCCGUUUUCUGCGAUAUAAAAAAAAAAAAAAACGAGAAACAAAAAUUUUUAAAAUAAUAAUUUUGUUAAAUAUAAUUUUUCUUUGAAAUAUAUUUUUCUUGUGCACCCGCCAAUAAGUUUAAAUAAAAUAUUCAGUUUUUUUUUUUUUUGAUAAAAAAAUGUAAAUAAAACUUUGUAUUUUGACAAAGUCCAAAGAAUUCGCGCGUUAGGUUAGCAGGUCUCGCUCGUAGAGGACAAAAAUUUUGUAGAACACUAAAAAACCUGAACAUUUUACGUUUGUUAAAAAAAAAAUUUUUAGUAAAAUUUUAUUGUAUUGAAUUUGCGACGAGUGCAAAAUGUCUUCGUCUCAAAGAAAUUCGGCGGCGAAAAGUCUUAAUCGGCAGCAAGAAAAAGACAAUUCAAAUACAAAAACAACAACAAAUUCAAAAACAACAUCAUCAACCGACACUAAACAACAAUCCCACCAACAACAGGAAAAGCAGAGCAAAUACUCUCAAACAAAAGAACGUAUAGUUGAUGAAGUACCAUAUCCACCAAGCCAUAAGCUUACAGCUAGCGAAAUCUUCGAUACGAAAAAUGGUGAACCAAACUUUGAAUUACUAAAAAGGCACUUCAUUAUUGAAGGACGUAUUGAAGAGGAACCAGCUUUAAGAAUAAUACAAGAUGGAGCUGCUUUACUACGAGCUGAAAAAAAUAUGAUAAAUAUCGAAGCUCCUGUAACUGUUUGUGGAGAUAUACAUGGACAAUUUUAUGAUCUAGUUAAGUUGUUCGAGGUUGGUGGUCCACCAGCCACAACAAGAUAUCUCUUUCUCGGUGACUAUGUUGAUAGAGGAUACUUUAGUAUUGAAUGCGUCAUAUAUUUGUGGGCUCUUAAAAUAUGCUAUCCAAAUACCUUAUUUUUACUCCGUGGCAACCAUGAAUGUCGUCAUCUGACCGAGUAUUUCACCUUUAAACAAGAAUGCAAAGUUAAAUACUCCGAAAGGAUCUAUGAUGCUUGUAUGGAAGCAUUUGACUGCCUUCCAUUGGCUGCUUUAUUAAAUCAACAGUUCCUGUGUGUGCAUGGAGGGCUUUCACCUGAAGUUCACACAUUGGAUGAUAUACGAAAGUUGGACAGAUUCAGGGAACCACCAGCCUACGGACCUAUGUGUGAUAUUCUAUGGUCUGAUCCUCUUGAAGAUUUUGGAAAUGAGAAAAAUGCUGAUUUUUAUUCGCACAACUCCGUUCGUGGUUGUUCAUUUUUUUUUAGCUAUGCUGCUUGCUGUGAUUUUUUACAAAAAAAUAAUCUUCUGUCCAUAGUGCGGGCACAUGAAGCUCAAGAUGCCGGAUACCGAAUGUAUAGAAAGAAUCAAGCUACUGGAUUUCCUUCGCUAAUAACAAUUUUUUCAGCACCAAAUUAUUUAGAUGUUUAUAAUAAUAAGGCAGCAGUUCUAAAGUAUGAGAACAACGUGAUGAACAUAAGACAGUUCAAUUGUUCACCUCAUCCAUAUUGGUUACCAAAUUUUAUGGAUGUGUUUACAUGGUCAAUACCGUUUGUAGGUGAAAAAGUAACGGAAAUGUUAGUAAAUAUCUUAAGCAUUUGUUCAGAUGAUGAACUUGUGUCGGAAGCAGAUGAUCAACUGGAGGCAGAGCUCAGGAAAAAUAUAACACUUGUCCCAGUUAGGCCUGCUGGAAAUGUUUCACAGCUGAGAAAAGAAGUUAUUCGAAAUAAAAUUCGUGCCAUUGGAAAGAUGUCUAGAGUAUUUUCAAUAUUAAGAGAGGAAUCAGAAUCGGUGCUAGAGCUGAAGGGCCUUACACCAACUGGUGCACUACCAGUGGGAGCAUUGUCUGGAGGAAAAGCCUCAUUAAGAAAUGCUCUAGAAGGAUUUGCUCCCAAUCAUAAAAUAACAUCUUUUGCUGAAGCAAAAGGAUUGGAUGCCAUAAACGAACGUAUGCCACCACGACGUGAUACUGUAACUGCUGCAGCAACUAUCGGAAAUCUUCACAUGAAAAAUAAUAACAACAACAAUAUUUCGACAAAGAAAUCCGGCAAACCACUUUCGUCGCCAGUUAGCAGCGACCGGAACAUUUCUUAAAAAAGUUAUAAAACAUAAGAAAUUUAUUUAUUGUUUUAUUUUUAUUUUAUAUUUUUGUCAAUUUCCUAAUAUUUUGUUAUAAAAUUGCUUAC